GCGGGGGGCCCCGUCUCAUUACUCAUCUGUGGCCUGUCUAAGCCAGCAGGACGAUAAAUGGCGGCGCCAGCGAACCGCCAGCGCACAAGCCACACUGCUGCGGCUGCGAGAGGACACGGGUUGUUCAACGCUGUACAAGAGUCGAAGAUAUUUUGAGAGAAAAGACUUUUACUUAGCGAAAUAUCUACAUCCUUCCAUUAUGUCGUGCAGUAGCAUCAGUUGGCUCAUCUGCAUUUUUGUGGCGGUAGUGACAGCUACUGACUACAGCGACGUAGAGUCGAUUAGAGAACCGUUCGUGGUGGAGUCAGUGCAGGAGGUGAGGGAGUGGGCGGCGGUGCCGGGCGCUGCGGACGGCUCCGUGGUGUCGCGGCUGUCGGCGAGCGCGCGCCUGCUGGUGGGCGGCGCCGGGGCCUCCGCGCUCCGCCCCGGCGCGCCGGACCUCGGCAGCCCGUGGGUCACCCUCCUGGACGUGGACGGCCGGGAGCUGCGCAGACUGCUGGCCGCCCACCGCACCCUGCAGGCCCCCCGCGUGCCCAGUGCGGCUCCCCAGUACGACUCGUCGGCAGAUUGCGCCCUACAGGCUGCCCAGCAACUCUCUGUUGAGACUGCGGCCGCCGCGGCCGUCCUUGCUGUCAGGUACUCCUGUACUGACCUCAGCGACGCUGCCCUCGCCUUCAUCAAGGCUCACAUCUUUGACGUGAUGGCCUCGCAGGGCUGGGCCGACGUAAUGCGCACUCACACAGAAGACCUCAUCAAAGUGAGUCAACUGCUGUCUGAGCCAACCGCAGAAAACAGCUACUGGUGGGGGCGAGAGCGUGGAACCCAGGAGAAGCAGCGCAUAAACCGAUUAGAUCGAUGCAUGCCAGCUUCCACAGAGGGAGACACCGCUCAUUGGCCCAACGACCACGACCAGACGCCCCUCCUAGAUAACGAUGGCGCCGACCCAGCCGACGUCAGCGAUGUCUCUCCAUACCGCAUGCCAGCCUCCACAGAGGGAAGCACCGCUCAUUGGCCCAACGACCACGACCAGACGCCCCUCCUAGAUGACGAUGGCGCCGACCCAGCCGACGUCAGCGAUGUCUCUCCAUACCGGAGCCUUUCAGGACAUGACAAAUGCAUGAAGCUGAUCGAAGCAGCCAAGCACGGGCGAGUGGAAGAGCUGAGGGCUCUGCUGGUAGCAGGGGCAGACAUAGACGGAAAGGACAUCUACGGGAGGACUGCACUGCACACUGCGGCAUGGAACAGGCACGUCGAAGCGGUGAGGACUCUUCUCGAUGCUGGAGCAGACGUGAGCGCUAGGGACAACGAGGAGUACACGCCUCUGCACAUGGCUGCCUUAGGCGGCAGCGCGGCUGUGGUGCGGUUGCUGGCGGACUCCUCUGCCGAUCCCAACGCCAGGGAUGUGUGGGGGUGGACGCCACUGCACUUGGCGGCACGCGAAGGCCAGCCAGAGGCGGCGCAAGCACUGCUCGACAUCGGAGCCGACAGUGGGGCCAGGGAAAACAGCGGGCUAACCCCAUUGGACAUCGCCAGGUCCAGGAACCAACAGGAGGUGGCAGACGUACUAACACGAGAUUAGCAGUCUAACAAAAGUUUGUGGAACCAAAAGGCAUCCGACACAGGAGUUUUCGCUACUUUUAAAAUAAAGAAUACAAAAAGAUUAA